UGUGGCCAAGAAAACAUAAAGCACAGAAAACAAGUUUUUUUUCUUUCUAUUUGUGUUGAUGUCUUUCACUCACGUCUGUUCGAACCACACCACAUCCAUGGCUUCUCUCUUAGCUAACGGUACUAUUUCUGGCUUUUCUCCAAAACCCACCUACGAUUCACAUAAUCUCCCAAAAGGGUUUCACCCAAAACCCCAAAUUCCAAAAUUCCCAAACUUCAAAACCCCAACUGCAAGGCUCUUCAAGGUCCGAGCAGAUGUCGGGUAUUCGGGUCAAGGUACAAGUUCUAAUCUUUCUUCUUCUGCACCAGGUAAGUCUUCGAUUUCAACAACUACAACUACAACUACACCCAGUGCUAGUGAGAAAAUCCAGGAAAUUCUUCGUAACAUAGAGUACGAUAAGAAAUUUGGUUUUAAUAUAGAUAUUGAUUCGUAUUCGAUCCCUAAGGGGCUUUCUAAGGAAACAAUUAGAUUGAUUUCUUCGCUUAAAGAAGAACCUGAUUGGAUGCUUGAGUUUAGAUUGAAUGCUUAUGAGAAAUUUUUGAAGAUGAAAGAGCCCCAGUGGUCUGAUAACCAAUACCCACUUAUUGAUUUUCAAGAUAUUUGUUAUUACUCUGCACCCAAGAAGAAACCUGCUUUGAAUAGCCUCGAAGAGGCCGACCCGGAACUCAUUAGGUACUUUGAUAAACUGGGUGUUCCUUUGAAUGAGCAGAAUCGAUUGGCUAAUGUUGCUGUUGAUGCCGUCCUUGAUAGUGUAUCGAUUGCCACGACACAUAGGAAGACAUUAGAGAAGGCCGGUGUGAUAUUUUGUUCGAUAUCAGAGGCUAUUAGGGAGUACCCGGAUUUGGUUAGGAAGUAUUUGGGGAGGGUGGUGCCUAGUGAAGAUAAUUACUAUGCAGCGUUGAAUUCGGCUGUGUUUAGUGAUGGUUCGUUUUGUUAUAUUCCAAAGGACACCAAGUGUCCAAUGCAGAUUUCGACUUAUUUUCGGAUUAAUGCAUUGGAAACGGGGCAGUUUGAGAGGACGUUAAUAGUUGCGGAUGACAGGAGUUUUGUGGAGUAUUUGGAAGGGUGUACUGCGCCUUCAUAUGAUAGAAACCAGCUUCAUGCUGCUGUGGUGGAGUUGCAUUGUGCUGAGGAUGCACAGAUUAAGUACUCCACGGUGCAGAAUUGGUAUGCUGGGGACGAGGAAGGGAAUGGAGGGGUUUAUAAUUUUGUUACAAAGCGAGGCCUUUGUGCUGGGGAUCGCUCAAAAAUAUCCUGGACCCAAGUGGAAACAGGGUCUGCCAUCACUUGGAAGUAUCCGAGUGUUGUUUUGGAGGGUGAUGAUACCAUGGGAGAGUUCUAUUCAGUAGCUUUGACGAAUAAUUAUCAGCAGGCAGACACAGGUACAAAGAUGAUACACAAAGGGAAGAACACUAGGAGUAGGAUUAUUUCUAAAGGUAUAUCGGCUGGGCAUUCAAGGAACUGCUAUAGGGGUCUUGUUCAGGUUCAGUCAAAAGCAGAAAAUGCUCGAAACUCCUCUCAAUGUGAUUCCAUGCUUAUUGGUGACACUGCAGCUGCCAAUACAUAUCCAUACAUCCAGGUGAAGAACCCCACUGCUCGAAUUGAACAUGAAGCCAGUACCUCCAAAAUUGGUGAAGAUCAACUAUUUUACUUUCAGCAGAGGGGAAUUGAGUAUGAGAAAGCCAUGGCUGCCAUGAUUUCUGGGUUUUGCAGGGAUGUUUUCAAUGAGCUUCCUGACGAGUUUGGUUCUGAAGUGAAUCAACUAAUGAGUUUGAAGCUUGAGGGAUCUGUUGGUUAGGUAACAAGUAGGUUUGUGUUGAAAAACUUGCGUUUGUUGGAGGAAAUUUAGGUCUUUUUGGUCCUGAGGUUUAAGAAUGUAAAAGUCUCAUAUCAUAUCGACCAAAUAUUGAUACUACACGAUUGGAGGAACGUCACUAUCGUUACUGUGUACAUAAUGUUGCUUGUUAUAAGUUAAAUUGCUUGUUGUAUAAUAAAAUCUUUUGUUAUAUAUUAAGUUGCAAGUCCUUAUAAUC